AGACGCCAGUGUUAUUCUUUAUCGAAAAACGCUUGUGCGCGUGCGGAUGUGCCUCGCCUUUGCUUUGUCCAGUGCGGUACAAUUAAUCGUGAUUGUUUUGGACGUGUAAUGUGACUAGAUUUCAAUGAAGUUGUGUUGCAAUCUGUGAUAAAAAUGACCUAAUCAAAUCGUGAUGUGUGUUUGAUUAGUCAGUGUAGUGUAAAAUGGGUUUAAUUACGUCCAGGGAACAAACUAUGUUGGACGGACCGGUGGGAACAACAAAAAGCCACCAUGUACGGCAGCCGUCCACAAGAAAUCGGACCAAACCUCCGAUGCCCGAUAGAGAUGAACUGGAGAAUAGAUUUAUCAAAGUUUUGGCAUCCAUGGAUCUGCCACCGGACAAAGCAAAACUGUUGCGCAACUACGACCUCGAGAAGAAAUGGGAGAUCAUCUGCGACCAGGACAUGGUGCAGGCGAAGGAUUCCCCGGCGCAUUACCUGAACAAGCUCCGCACGUAUUUAGAUCCGAAAGCGUCCAGGAGUCACAGGAAACGAAAAAUGGUAGGCGAUUCAACGUCGACACAAGUGCUACGAGAUUUGGAAAUAUCACUGCGAACCAAUCACAUAGAAUGGGUUCGCGAGUUCCUGAACGAGCAGAACCAAGGGCUCGACGUGCUGAUCGACUACCUGAGCUUCAGGCUGAGCAUGAUGCGGCACGAGCAGAGGAUCGCGCUAGCGAGGAGCCAGUCCAGCGACGGGAUACACCAGGCGAACACGACAACGUCGGACGUGAGCGGCGCGGAAGCGAGCUCCACGCUGACGUCGACGUGGCGGCGGCGCGCGCGCUCCGCCGACUCGGAGGCGGACGGCGCCGCCAGCCCGGCCGCCGCGCGCCGCCGCACGCGCCACGCGGCGCGCCUCAACAUGGGCGCCUCCACCGACGACAUCCACGUCUGCAUCAUGUGCAUGCGCGCCAUCAUGAACAAUAAGUACGGUUUCAACAUGGUGAUCCAGCACCGCGAGGCGAUCAACAGCAUCGCGCUGUCCCUCGUGCACCACUCGCUGCGCACCAAGGCGCUGGUGCUGGAGCUGCUGGCCGCCAUCUGCCUCGUCAAGGGCGGACAUCAGAUCAUAUUGUCCGCGUUUGAUAACUUUAAGGAGGUGGUCGGCGAGCCGAGGCGGUUUCACACCCUGAUGGAGUACUUUAUGAAUUACGACACCUUCCAUAUUGAAUUUAUGGUGGCGUGUAUGCAAUUCGUGAACAUAAUAGUGCACUCGGUGGAGGACAUGAACUUCCGGGUGCACCUGCAGUACGAGUUCACCGCGCUCAAGCUGGACGACUACCUAGAGAGGCUGCGCUUCUGCGAAAGCGACGAUCUGCAGGUCCAAAUAUCGGCGUACCUGGACAACGUGUUUGACGUGGCGGCGCUGAUGGAGGACAGCGAGACCAAAACCGCUGCACUGGAGAAGGUCAACGAGCUGGAAGAUGAACUGGGGCAUGCGCACGAGAGGCUGGCCGCGUUAGAGCGAGAUGCAAUUGCGAAAUUGGCUACGCUCGAAUCUGAGCUGGCGCAAGUGAGACAGGAGAGGGAUCAGCUCGCUGAGGCCAGGAGACAGGUGGUGGAAGAGGUCUCAACGUUACGGAGGGCGCAACAGGACUCGCGCAACAGACAAUCUAUGUUGGAGUCCAAGGUGCAGGAGCUCGAGUCGCUCACCAAGUCCCUGCCGAGAGGUGCUUCUAUGGGCGCGAUAUCGUCGCACGCGCUGUGCAACGGCACGGCCAACGGGCACGCGUCCCCGCCGCCGCACGCGCACGCGCACGCGCACACGCUCCCCGCGGCGGCGCACGCGCACGCGCACCUCAACGGCGACGUGCGCGCGCGCGCCCCCUCCCCUCCCCCGGCGCUCCCGAGCGCGGCGCCGCUCCCGCCGCCCCCCCCGCCGCCGCCGACGGCCGCCGCGCCCCCCGCGCCGCCCGCGCCCCCCGCGCCGCCCGCGCCGCCCGCCCCGCCGGCGCCCGGCCUCAUGCCGCCGCCGCAGCACACGGACGCGAUGACGAUCAAGCGGAAGGUGGACACCAAGUACAAGCUGCCGACGUUGAAUUGGAUCGCGCUCAAGCCGAAUCAGGUGCGCGGCACGAUAUUCAACGAGCUGGACGAGGAGCGGCCGCGGCGGCGCAUCAACUUCGCGGAGUUCGAGGAGAAGUUCCGCAUCGGCAGCGCGUGCGCCGCGCCGCCCGCCGCCGACGAGCUCGCCUCCUUCCCCAGCAAGCGCUUCCGCCGCGCCGACACCACCUCGCUGCUCGAGCACACGCGCCUGCGCAACAUUGCCAUAUCUAGGAGGAAACUCGACACGCCCGUCGAAAAAGUGAUAGCCGCGAUAAACAAUCUCGAUCUGAAGCAACUGCCGCUCGAGAGCGUGGAAAUCCUGCAGCGCAUGGUGCCCACGGAGGCCGAGCAGAAGGCGUACAAAGAAUACGUCGCCGAGAAGAAGAACAUCAACCAAUUGACCGAAGAGGACAAGUUCCUGAUGCAGCUCGCCAAGGUCGAGAGGAUAUCGGCCAAAUUGUCCAUCAUGAGCUACAUGGGCAACUUCUUCGACAACAUACACCUGAUCACGCCGCAGAUACACGCCAUCAUAUCCGGCUCUUCGUCCGUGAAAUCCUCGCAGAAGCUCCGGAACGUUCUGGAAAUCAUAUUGGCGUUCGGGAAUUACUUGAAUAGCAGUAAACGCGGGCCGGCGUAUGGUUUCAAGCUGCAGUCCUUGGACACGCUGAUGGACACCAAGUCGACGGACAAAAGGGUGUCACUGCUGCACUAUAUCGUGGCGACGAUCCGUCAGAACUUCCCGGAGUUGCUGAGCUUCGAUACGGAGCUGUUGUACAUCGACAAAGCAGCGCAAGUGUCGCUGGAGAACGUGCUGGCGGAUGUUUCGGAGCUGGAGCGCGGCAUGGAGGCGGCGCGGCGCGAGGGCGAGGCGCGCGACGCGCACCGCUCGGCGCACGCGCACGUGCUGCGCGACUUCAUCGCCAACGCGGCCGACAAGCUGCGCCGCCUGCGCCACGAGACCAAGCACGCGCAGGACUCGUUCGCAUCGUGCGUGGAGUACUUCGGCGAGGCGCCGCGCGGCUGCGACGCCAACACGUUCUUCUCUCUACUUGUACGCUUCACGAGAGCAUUCAAGCAAGCGGACGCCGAGAACGAGCAACGCCGCCGGCUCGAGCAAGCUGCGCAGCUGGCGGACAGCGCCGACACCAAUAAGAGCAAGAUCGUGCAGAAGAAACAGCAGGAGGCUGUAAUAAACGAGCUGAAGACGAAAUCCCAAGUCGGCGAGAAGAAACUGCUUCACCAGGACGAGGUGUACAACGGUGCGUUGGAGGACAUACUGCACGGCCUACGCAGCGAGCCGUACCGCCGCGCGGACGCCGUCCGCCGCUCACAGCGCCGCCGCAUCACCAGCCACCGCCUUUCCAAAGGACUAGACGACCUGGAUCUCUGAUACGAAACCCCCCCAGGUGGGGAUUUCCAGAACGCACUGGAACAUUCGAGCGGGAACACGCUGGACCCGUACGUGGAAUACUCCAAAGGAAACACGGCCUACUCCGGGCAGAAUAAGACAGAUGGUCAACGCGGCAAGGAUUUCUCGGUCCGCGACGCGGUCAACAAUAUAGAUCGCAAGUGCGGCGUGACGAAACGCCGCAAGGACCUGGAGAUGGUGCACCGGAAACCGAUCGCGAUAUACAAUAUCGAGGACAACAUCGACUUCUGCGACUUCACGGGCAGGAAGCCGAAGUGCUCGACGUACCGAGUGGCGCCCGUGGACCAUCAGGUGGAAGAGCGCUGUGAGCUCAUCAAGUCCACGUACGACGCGAUCUCGAAGUACACGCGGGCCAUGUUCGAUAAGCAGAACGAAACCGUCGUGUGAGUGCCUCUUGGUUUUGCUUUUUUCUUUCCAUCUGUCCCACUUUCGGCUUCACGCUUCGUGGGGUAUUGCGAGUUGGUCAUGACGUGAUUUUUGAUAUAUUGUGCAUUUUUAUAUUUACUAGAACGGUUUUAGAAUAAGGACUGUAAUUUAUAUACAUCGAACAUAUAACCUUGCUAUAGAUUUACAUUUUAGAACCGUAAGCCAAAGUGCGGACAGAACAGUUUGUUACGCCCACAGUUCAUUCCACGCUAAAGCAAUAUUUUGCUAUGUGAUUAUACACUUUUUGAAUUCUAUACAAUGUUACAAUCGGGUUUGUGUAGCCACUAGACACGUUGCUUAAGCGAAACAGAUGGUAUAAAGGUUAUGGUGUGACAUGCUUCGCGGGGGAGGUCAGGUUCUGUGGAGUUUUAUGCCUUACGGUGUUGUAUUUAAAGUUCAAAAUUGAUCUAAAAUGGCCUUGAUCGUAAUUGAAUUGCAUUUAUGUGAUAAUGAUGGUACAGCAGUUUGAUUAAACACUUAAUCGUGGCUUUACAACAAUAUUUGUAGUAAAAGAAAUUCGAAGACCAAAUCAAAGAGAAAAAGAAGAAACCAUAUCUCGGCCUGAUUUUCCCUAAAUCCUACGGUUUAUAGUCUGGCUAGAAUUUUAUUGGCUUUUAUACGCACAGUUUUCAAAUAAAUAUUUUGUAGCGUCAUGUAAUUUUUACACGUUUGUAUCGAUGUAACGGACAGUAUGUAUAAAGGUUUUUUCUUUUUUAAUAUAUGAUAUUAUUAAUGUAGGUUUAAUAAUAAUUAAUCGAGAAAGUUGAUACUGUGAUGCGCGCGAACGAUUUUUUGUGCAUUUACAUUAAGCAUUUUGUACCUUAUAUUAGUGAUAGAAAUAUUUCCAUUUUUACACUGGUAACACUGAGACGGGUUCGAUGAGUUUUUUAAAAACGAUUUGCUGUCAUAUUGAAGUGAUUAAUAUGUUUUUGAAGUAGGCUGGGAGCCUUACAACUGGCAACAGAAAAAAACAAACGCUUUUUUAUAUUAUAUAUUAUUGUAUAUUAAAGUUCACGCACAAAUUUAACGUUCAGUGUCCACGUAUAUAAAUACUUUAGUUGUUAACAUUUUUUUGCAUAUUAAUAUCACUUCAAUAUGAAGGCGUUACCGCAAAGGACAGACACAUGACAUUUAUUUGUUGCACUUUAAAUUUUAAUGACAUAAUUUAUUAUCUAUGUUUAAACAAAUUGGGAUUGCUGAAUGGAACUGAUCUGAUUAGGGUUAUUCAUUUUUCCGACAAUUUUUUUUGUAAAUAAUUUUUAUCGCGUGGCAACACCGAAACAAAUAUCACGCGAAGAAUGUAAAUAUUGUAUUUUUAUAUAUCACUCAAGAAACUUGGGAUUUAGACACGCAAUAUCUUAUUAUGUAUUUAGUAUACAGUUUGGGUCGGUGUUGCCAUACCGUUACGAUAAGUUAAUAUUAUUUAAAGGAGAAUUAAAAUAAUAUAUUGUUUCGAGUUUUGCACAGUUGUAAUAGUGCCAGAACACAUUAUAUCUUACUUACGCCCAGUGAUUAAAUGUAAAAUGUCAUUAUAAUAACUUUUUUUUUUUGUUUUCUAAUAAAAAAAAUGUGCAAUACUUUUUGCAUUUAUCAUAAAUAAUAAAAAAAUUCAAUAUUUAAAGAGUAAAAAAAGAGAAGGCAAGAGAUAAUGUGUUCUCGUCCUAACUUAGGUGCUUUCCGCACGUUAUUGAGUAGUUCUAUUAUUAUUUUUAUGUAAAUUUAAGUCGUUUUGAAAUGUUGGUUCUGUACAUGACAGGGUCGGUUGAAAAACAAUAAUGAUGAUAGCACGAAACGUAGUUUUGAAAAAACUUUAAAUUGAUUGCAUUGGUUAAUGAAUAUUGUAUCUGUUUAUAUUUAAUUUGUCAUAUCUUCAUUGUAGAUUUGGUUUCGUUUAAUUGAUAAAUAAAAAUACAAGUUUGCUUCUAAACUUUUUGGGUGGGACAAUCUUGUUGUUUUAAUUUCCCCAGUUAAAAAAGUCGAAUUCGUUAUGUCAUUUCUAGUCUAAAACCCCACUCAUUUCCAGGCCUUCUCCUGAUUGCCCCACUGCCCCACGCGCACUAGGGGCAGACUCUAUUAAAACAUACAUAUUUAUUAUUGUAAAUUAAAAUGUUAUACAAUUUUUUAUAUAUUUUAAUAGUACAUAAAUAACGCCUGCCGUAAUAUUAAAUCUACAAUGAAGAAAUUGGUUCGCUUUUUAGAAACUGGAACAUUUUCCCUGUUUCGAAUGUGAUGUAUAAAUGGGUUUUCUGAUAUUUCGCUCAUUGCAUGUGCGCUAGAGAUAGAACAGUAUUCAGUGAUGCAAUAAACAUUUUAUACUA